AAGAUCAAUCAUGAAUAACAUAAGCUUCUUCAGAGAAAUCGAUGAUAUGGGCAAGGAAAUCCAAGUCGUCUACCAACUUGAUAGAUCUCAGAUCCGAUGGGUGGGCAGGAGCCUACCGAUAUUCUUCAUCUUUUUCUUCGCGUCCAUGGUCAUCGCAUCUCUGCUGAACAGGCUGCGAAUUCCACACGAGCUGAUAACAUUGGUGCUGGGUAUCUGUAUUGCUGGCGUCAUCGCCAACGUGCGUGAGUAUUACAUCUACAACAAAAACUUCAUCGAGCCACGUAACGUGAUGAUGAUACUGCAUCCGAUAAUAAUCAUGAAGCUGGUCUACAACAUCGACACCUACUUGUUCUCCAAGUCCAUCAUGCAGAUCCUCCUCAUUUCAACCUUGGGCCUGCUCAUCUACAUAUUCAUUUUUGGUUUCUUGCUGGUUAUGCUGAUACCAAGUAAAUUCAUCACCCUUUCGUUUAUUAAUAUCGUCAGCGCCGGUAUAAUUCUGGCACCGAUCGAGGUCCCAGAUGCUAUACUGGAACUGGACCGAAUCAAGCAUUUGGAGGUGCUCAUGAACGGUGAAUGCAUCUUCGGCACCGCCUUAUGUUAUAUGACCUUCUAUUUGUGCUUGGGCGGCUUCGAAGGAAUCGUCACCGAGUGGUACCACGUUAUCUGCUAUUACAUUCGGUACAUAUUUGUCUCGAUAAUCAUCGGGUUCUUAGUGGGAAAGUUGGCUGCUGUCGCCUUCAAACUAUUGUAUAACGAUGCCCUUAACGCUGCCACAUUGAUGGUAGGAUCCAGUUUCUUCGUGUAUUUCCUCGCCGAAGACAUUAUAUACACAAGUGGACCUCUAGCUACCUUUAUAGAAAUGUACUGCAUAGCUCUUGAGAGAGGAAGCCUAUGCGCCGAUGUGGACAAUUCCAUUCAGAACUAUCUCAACAUUGGAUAUUACACAGGAACUUUGUUUUUCGUCAUUCUGUUAACUUCGAACAUCGUUACCAGCAUUUACAGAUUGGUGAGCGUACUGCAAGUGGCGGUGUCCCUAGGUUCUUAUGUUGCCGGUAACGUAGCACGACUGUUGAUUCUCUUGAUGCUAUCACCAAUCUUGAGUAGAAUAGGUUACGGUUUCAACUUUACAAGUAUGUUGGCUCUCUUUUGGGCCCCGAAGAAAGGACCGAUGCAGCUACUUCACAUCUCCGCCUUCCAAUAUUACAACCUGACAAAGUACAUGGGCAACGAGUUCAUCUGCUUUACCAUCAUGUACUUGCUCCUGAUGGCCCUCAUCAAUAGCACCUCGCUAAAAGCUAUCUUGAAGAGAUUCGGGUUGCUGGAGUUUUCCGAAGCAAGGAAGAAUAAUAUAAAUAAUUGUUUCUCGUAUAUCAACGAACGCAGAAUUCGUUUAAUAUCCAUAAUGAAGAUGAAUCGAUUUUUCUCAGAUGCAAAUUGGCCAUUGAUACAAAGUACAACUGUACUCACGAAUGUUUUCAAAGGCGACACGGAGGAAAGUGAAGCAGACAACGAAAAUAUUUGGGGACAGAGAAAAAUGAUUUGCCCAGGCUGUUCAAAAAACAUAUUAGUUGAACCAUCAAUUAAGGACCUCGCAGACAUUUCCAGGGAAGUCCGCUUAAGAGUGCUCAAAGCACAAAGAGUGUCCUAUGCCAAACAGUACGAAAAUGGAUUAUUGACAAAGAUCGAACUUCGCGGUUUGCUUCAAGCAGUGGAAAUCGCCAUGGACUCUCAAGACAUGAUUAUCAAACUGGACGAACUGUUCCGAAUGUUCAAUGACAAAGUAAGAUCACCUUGUGCGACCAUAGUAGCAUUUAAUAACCUAUCGUUUUUUCAGCGAUUGUUAGAAAAGAUAAAAAUGUAUCUUCUGCAAUUUAAAGCUGAUGAUUCGUACAUGUUGCCAAAGAGUAAAUGCAAAAGAUGGUUAUACAAGUUAACCUUGCAUCAAGCGUUUCGCAUUACCUACUUCUUAAUCAUCAUCAUUCAAAUGAUAAGCCUCGUCGUCGGAUACACUUUCUACGCUUAUCAUAUGGACAACAAACACAUGAUGAUCUUUCACAAUACGUUCUUUUUUGCGCUCUAUCUCAUACAAUUCAUUGUUAUGAUCAUCGCGUACUCCAAUUCCGGUUUCAAGAUUGCAUGUAAAUAUUAUGCUAGAUUGGGUAGGAGUCACUGGAAUAAAUUUGAUUUGCUGGUUCUAAUAUUGCACAGCAUAGAUGUGAUUGUAUCGCCCAUUAUAGAGGAUUAUGGUGAUCUUAAGUCUAAUGCUUACUUGCAGUUCUUCCUGUUUACGAGAGUGCUACGUGUUGUUAAGCUAAUGAAGCUGCUGGAGCACUUUUUCCCUAAAUUUAUUACGUACUGCGAUAGGGCGAUUGAUGUUAGAGUCACAUAUGCGUUUACCAUUGGAAAGGCCCUUGUUGUAGGUUACGAUGAUGUCUUGGAAGUGUUACCGAAGAUGUCCGAUAAUGAAAAAAUCCGCGAAAGUAUUCGCCUGAAGCUGGAUAGCGACAGGUUGGCAUUAACAAAGGAAUUAGGAAUGCUAGGAAAAGACAGGCCGUGGAUUGCAAUCACUGUGAAAACUAAACAGGCAAUGGCUGCUACGUUGAUUCACAUGAUCUCCAACGUGGACGAACUGAAAUACGCUGGCAUUGUUGAUAAUUACGAGUACGAGAAGCUUUACUUGACCAUCACCGACACUCUGAAAGACAUUGGGAGCAUCAAGAGUUUUCCUACGAUGCCGCCUAAAAGUAUUUUCUUUGAAGUUCCUUGGAUUUACGAAGAUGACACCAUCAUUCACUUUCUGUACAAUAAGGUAACAACUAAAAUUUGGGAUGCCGGUGAUAUCAUUUGUAAGCAAGGAGAAACCGCGGAAGGUGUCUUCAUACUGGUUGCUGGUAAAUUUUGUUUUCGUUCAAAUCGGUGCGUUGACUUAAUGUCUCUUCGAAUUUGUUUAUUCAAGAUUAAGUACGUUCCUGUCGAUGAGUAUCUGGCAUUGAUGAAUAACUACGGUCUUCUACCGAUCAAGGAUUUCCUGAAAAACACUCGCUUUAAAGAGAUACAGGACGAAUAUCUCAUGAUGGGUAACAGCCUCGGAGAACUCUCGGUCUUAACUAACAGACCUUACAGUUCGACCAUCAUCGCCGAUGCUCCGAGUCAAGCCUUUAUCAUUCCUGCGAAGGUCAUGAAUGAAGCCAUCGACAUCUCCUGCGAUCCGGUCAAUGGAUUGGCUGCACGUUUAUGGAAGUACAUAACGUUCAUUUUGGCGAGGAGAGUGAUGCAAGAUACGCCGAUGUACGUUUCUUACAGUGAAAGCAAACUGAACGUCAUCUUGAACCGAUCUUUUGUGCCAGAUCUAAGUUGCUACAGGAUGGUCGUUCUUAGUGAACUCGUCGAAGACGUCAUUUUAAUUCAAGGCCUUAUCGUCGAUAACAAUACAAGAGAAAUCUACACCGCUCCAUGCUACGUGCCAAGAUCAGUUCAAAAAAUGCUCCUUCCUUCAGCCUCCACUAUGAUGCAUGUCCAAUUCUGCACAAAGUUGAUUAUAAUUCCUGUAAAAGACGCGGAUCAAUAUGAAACUAUGGAAAAAAUACAAAUCCUAUCAGAGCUGGUAAAUAUUACAUUAUCGUUCAGUUUCCUUUCACUAAACAUUGUAAUAUUUCUGAUUAAGAUGGUAAAAAGUGAUAAAAAGCAUCUGCUGGAAAUAGGCAAAUCCGAUAGCAGGAGUAGACGCCAUUCGUGGAAUAUGAAACGAAAAGGAAAAUCACGAGUAUGUAUAUCCUAUGAUUUAUCAUUCAUCGCAUUCUUAACAAAACAUUUAAUUUCCAGUUUGCCUCGACAACAUCAAGAAGCUACGUUUACAAAGGUUCUGCAAGCUCUACUGACAUGCCGGAAAGAUCAUCGAAGGUGUUGGGAGAAAUAGUAAAUACGUUGUGAACUAAUUAAAUAUGUUUAUUAGUUAAUUGACAAUGAAGUACGUAAGUUCAGAAAUAAUCAAUUUUAUUAUUGCGUCCUUGUUUCUAAAAAAAAUAAAUAUUAGUAUUUGUAAAGAAGAGUUUCUUUCUAUUUGGUGAUUUUAAACCACGGUAGAACCUCGCUUAAUAAGCAUUUAGCUUAACGAGUAAAACAAAUUCAGUGACGAGGAGAAGAGAAGUUUCGGAAUGUUCGCCUGCUACAACAUUUUCCAAACAUGUGUUCUGACAUAUUAUGUGUAUUUUUUGACCAACCAUUAUUCUAUAAUAAUACAGUUAAGAUGCAGU